GGAAAUUUAGCGCGCAUUUUGAUACUGGAAAUGAAAUGGCCAUACCCUGACAGUUGUGUUUUUCCAGGCACAAUUCAUAACCGUGCAGUUGACGGCCCAUGACCACGCUCGAAUAAAGGCGGUGCGUUUGUAGAUCUUGUGGCGCGGCUUCCUCGUGAGCCGUUAAAGAGAGAUAAUGCUGUGCAUUGGUUGGACCUUCGCGUUGCACACUGAAUGGAAAUAAGUGCGCCGUCGGCAAUGGAUCGUCGUUGGCUAUUGUCAUGAUAGAGCCCCCCUUCCCCCAACAGGUGGUUUUUUUUGACAUUGGUGAACGUGAAAUCCCAAAAACGCCAGGCACCGCGUGACUAGCAAAAUUGAUGUACCCCAUUUUGGGGGAUGUCCAAAAAAAAUCCCUCUCGAUUUAUUCCCUUCUUUCUUUUUGGCCCAAGAAGCGAAAGCAAGAUGGAGGAUGAACCAGAAAUAUGCAGAGUAUGCCGCUGCGAGGGAACUCCAAAUCAACCACUCUUCUAUCCCUGCAAAUGCUCAGGCAGCAUUCGCUACGUUCAUCAAGACUGUUUGACAGAAUGGUUAUCGCACAGCAAGAAAAAAUAUUGCGAACUCUGUAACCAUCCCUAUACAUUUACUUCAGUGUAUCGAUCGGAUAUGCCAAAAGUACUACCGGUCAGACUUUUUGUUGGACAGAUGAGGAAGAAGAUUGCAUUUGUUUUACGGACAGCAGCAAGAGCAGCAUUUGUUUCGAUCGUAUGGCUGGUCAUGCUACCAUAUGUCACGGUGUGGAUGUGGCGAUUAUUAUUGUGGUUCGUCGAAGUAUACGCCGUUAAUUUGGGAAAACUCCAAGGAUUCUCUGAAACCAUCAGCAAGAUAUACAACGAAGGGAGCCUUCCCACAUGGCGAAAGCAUAGCUGGGAAGAGACUCUGAAUCCUAGAACGAUGAUCUCCGACUGUUUCGAGGGUCAGAUCGUAACGUGUAUUGUGGUGAUUGCAUUUGUGGGCGUGUUUCUAUUGCGUGAAUGGAUAGUGCAAAACAUCCCUGCUGAUUUCGACGCCAAUGAGGAUGCACCGGCAGAACUACCACAACUCGUAGAUGCUCAUUUACGCCAAUUGAAUCAGGAACGCUUGGAAGAAUUUCGCCAAAUCUUAAGAGCGAACGCUUUGAAUGAGGAACAAUUACGUGCACGCGACAAUACCAAUCGUCAGCAAGAGAAUCGAGGCUCCACUCCAUCGUAUGCGUGGACUUCUGAUAUGGAGACCAAUGGCUCCACCACUGCAGGCAGCGAUCCUGAUUACUCGCCGGAAUCAGACGAUCAGGACGACGAUACAAGUGACAACCAUCGCUCGCCAGGACCCACCUAUGAAUCUCGUUCCCAUUCGACCAUCAUUGCAGACUCCCAACGCACCGAUAUGCACACUCGAUUUACACACGCCGAAUCAUCGCAUUCUAUUCACAGAGAGGCAGUGGAGAGUUCAUCGCACAGAUAUCCUUUGCGAACACGCAAUAUUGGAACAAUGGACAAUCACCAGAAUUCUUUUCAGAUGGCAGAGGAUGCGACUGAACUGGACGAUCAUGACGACACAGAAUUCAUCGAGGCAGAUCAUCCUGAUGACGAUGCAUCUGAUGAUCAAUCUUCAGGCGAGGAAGAAGCGCAAUUUGAGGAUGGCACCGACGAUGAAGACGAUGAUGACGGCAAUGAGGAUGAAGACGACGAAGCAUUGGGCGAUGAAAUUGAUGGCGUGCUAGAAGCUAUAGGCAUGCGAGGCAGUUUCUCUAUGCUUUUUCAAAAUGUGUCGCUCAUGUUCUUCUUGAUCAGCUGCUGUUUAUCAGUAGCUGUGUGGAUUCCUUACAUGUUUGGUGUGACCUUUUUAUUGGUCACUCCUUUGGAUAUCGUUCGUUUUCCGUUUUACAUUGCCAGCCUUCUUGGCGAUCCAUUGGUUGAUUUUCUCCUCUUGAUCACCAGUCGUUUCGUUUGGCCUGCUAUCAAAUCUGCGUCGCGCUGGUCUGAGCAUUUUAUUCAAAAGUGGUCGCUGGAUGCUUACGUUCCAUCUGUUAUUCGCGAGCAUCUGUCCCAUAUUUCAUGGAAUGUCUUUACUGGUGCAAAAAUGGGUUCAUUGCCAAAACCUUUGUCCAUGUCAGUAUCCUCCGAGCCAGCAACUAUUCUCGAUACAAUGUGGCAGAAUGUGACGCACCGAUGGAUUGAAUGGAAAGAACUUUACAAACCAUCCUUGGAAACGGCCAUGUUGAAAUACCAAUCAGUAGCGUUCGGACACACGGCUUUGGAUAGAUCCAUCUGCAUUCUUGUCGGCUAUGUUAUAGUGAUCAUGGUGGGAUCUUUGUACUUAUCACGCGCGAGACAAGCCUAUGCUCGCAUCGGACGCACAGCUCAGGAAGUUAUUCGACAGCACGGCAUCAUGAUGAAAGUGGGCAUGUUUAUUGCUAUCGAAUUAUCACUUUUCCCCAUUGGGUGCGGCAUCUUGUUGGAUAUCUCGACGUUGCCUUUAUUUAACAAUGCUACUUUGGAAGGACGACUCGAUUUUACCAAAAACUACCCGCUGUCAUCUCUUUUUCUUCAUUGGUUCAUUGGCACAGGCUUCAUGUUUAUGUUUGCCAUUGUAGUGACAGUAUUCCGUCAAAUUGUCCGACCCGGUGUUAUUUGGUUUAUUCGAGAUCCCAAUGACCCCCAGUUUCAUCCGAUCAAGGAAAUAGUCGAGCGUCCCGUCUUUACCCAGCUGCGUAAAAUUGGUGCCAGCGGCAUCCUCUAUGGCAUGGUCAUCAUGGUCGGCGUGGGCGGCGUUGUGCGUGUUAUUCACAAUAUGACUACUGAUUUGCUGCCUUUAAGGCUCAAUAUCUCCCAACCGUUUUCCGUUGUGCCUUUCGACCUUUUGCUGGUUCAUGUGGCUAUCCCUGCAAUGGUCAAAUAUUUCCAGCCAAAGAAAGCAGUAAAAGAUAUGAUUGUGCAAUGGAUCACUUUAUUGGCUAGUGGUCUUCGUCUCACAUCCUUCCUGUUUGGCGGUCGUCAUGUGGAAGAAGAAGGCAAUGUUCACUACAAGACGUGGUUGGCAUGGCUUCGACGCGACAAUCCUGAAUAUCCGGCAGACGAGCAGCAGCGAGUCACUGUGUCCAACGAUACUGUAUUCGUCCGAAACGGUGUAUUAGCGCGUGCUCCAAAACACGAUAGUGUCAAAUUCACUCCCGGUCGCCGUAUGCUCGUUCCCGUAGACCCUAUUACUUUGCGACCUUUGGAUUCUGUUGAACGUCGUCUGGGUCAUCCAGCCGCCAAUGCUCCCGGUGGAGAAGAAGCCAAUACCUGUAUUGUGUAUCUUCCCCCCUAUUUCAAGACGCGCGUGGUGAUUUUUGUACUCACCAUGUGGUUCUCAUGGAGCGUUUUCCUGUGCUGUAUCAGCUUGCUUCCUAUUUGGCUUGGUCGCGUCUUGUUUGAACGAACCUUAUCUCUCACCAACCCGCCCCACGACAUUUACUCUUACUUUGUCGGUGGCAACCUGAUGAUUCUCGUCGGUCUCAUUUUGAGUAAAAUGGUCAAAAUGGUGCGAUCCUUGUCAAACCAAGCAAGCUUUAACAAUUUCCUAACGUUACUGGCCCGGUCCUCUUAUGAGAGCUCACGAUGGCUUCUUCGUGUGCUCUUUAUGACGACCGUAUUUGGCGUGUGUAUGCCUAUGAUGUUGGGCUUAGUAUUUGAGCUCUAUGUUAUCAUUCCUUUCCGCGAUUUGUAUGGUCAACCGCCUGGUAUCGAACUUUUCCCAAUGUGGUCCAGAGGUUUCGCAUUCAUGAGUCUUAUCCAUGGCUUUAUCCGCGUGUUGCCUGCAAAUGGAUGGCAAACCACGCUUGACGAGAACGGACUUGAUGCAUUACAAAUCAAAUUGCUUAUUACCAAGCUCGUGCGGCCAAUGGUAACGCUCUGCGUAUUAGCCAUCACCGUCCCCUUGGCUAUCAUGGUGCUCUCUGUGAAGCUUCUAGGACAUCAACAAGAUAUUGCGUCUCAAGUGAAUAUGCUGCAAACAGUGUAUCCUGCUUCAUCGGCUGCUGUUGCUUUCCUUCUUCUAUACCGAGUCUGUGCGAAGUUUGGUCGACGAUGGGUACAAGCAGUACGCGAAGACAACUUCUUGGAAGGUCGUAUCUUGCAUAACUUUAAUGAGCAGCCCGUCUCCUCCUCUUCUUCAUAAAGCAGUAGUCUUUGAUUGUACAGUUAAAUUCCCUCCUUUGCUUUUCUUCUGCUUAUCUUUUUUCUUUCUUUUCGUCAGCACUUUCUGGGUUACGAUAUCUUACAUACCCUUACUUUCAUCCGAUAAACAAAAAACAAAUUAAAAUCAUGGGCAAAAUAAGAAAACCAUCAGUUUACAGCUCUUUCUCCAUUGUGUGUGGCUGUUUUCUUUCA